AUGAUGUUAGGAAGUAAAGCAAACGCAGCAAUUGAAUCCACAAACAACCAACACAAUUCACCAUUAUUAUCAGAAAUUAACGAUUCUCUAUCUCCAGAAAAUCCAUUGGCAGUCAAACAAAAAAGAUGCCCCAAACUAAAGUUAUCUUCACCUCGACUGGGCGCUUCCAUUUCGCCUAAAGCAGAAGCGGACGAUAACAAAAAUAAACUAUACAGCGCUUUGUGCAGAACCUGUUUAGUAACAAACAAAUGCGGCAGCGUAAACGAAUGCCCCUUAUGCCAGAAAUGGUGCACAUCCAAAAUCUGCAAAGAAACCGACGCAGAUGACGAUAAAAAUAAGGACGAAGAUGUAACUGUUAAUCUUAGAAGUCGAGGAAAUUUCAACGUCGACGAUGAUAAAUCCCAAGUGCGCAGUAUCACGUUGACUCGAGGAAAUUUAAUGGAAAUUAUUCUGAGCUUAUUCGGUAUCUACGAUGCCAAAGACGUGGAAAGCGUGACUGUUACUGUAAAAAGCUCGGGCGAUAAUCCAAUCGAAUUGAGCGAAAAGGGCAUCUUGCAGCAAGGGGAAGAAGGAAAAUUGGAAAGAAAAUUAAAAGAUUUGGGAGCAAUCGGCAGGAAAUCCGAGGGUACUGAAAAUCCUCUCGAUCGAGACAAGCUACACGAAUUGGUCACUGAAAUAUUAGACAAACUACGCUCACGCGAGGUUCCCCUCUUAAAAGGGAACGAACUCACCGACGAUGAAGUCCCCCGGGUGGGGUCGAGGAUGAGAGAUAUCGAAUCAAGCGAUAAAAUUAUCCACCAAAGCACAUCGAAUCCCGAUAUUAUCGAGGAUUCCCCGGACAUGGCUCGCAUUAGUUCAAAUUCCGGUUUGUUAGCUAGCCCUUCCAAACACCAGGAGAACCUCGGCUCCCCCAUCAAAAACCCGCCCCAAGAAGAUAAAACAGACACCAAAUAUCCAACUCCAGGUGCUUCCCCAUCAAGUAAUUUAGAUCCAACUCCGGAUAUUCAACUCGGCAAUCGAAACAACGAUGAAGAACUUAGAAAUCCUAUUGUACCUCACCAAAUCCACCAUCCUCACCACAUACACAAACCCCACCUUCCCCACAAACCACACCUUCCCCACAAACCCCACAUUCCCCACAAACCCCACAUUCCCCAUCACCCUCACCAUUUGCCUCACCACGUUCCUCAUCACUUCCACAGAUCCAACGAACCAACAAGCAACGCUCGGUACGUUCCAGAAAGCUACCAAAACUUCUAUCCUAGAUACGCUUCGGAAACCUCCGAGCCCUUCCAAAGGCCCGAUAUGCCCUUAGGGAGCCCCAGGUAUGUCCCAGAUAAUUCCCAAACGUUCUACAGAUCUAACGAACCGGCGGGUAAUCUCAGAUACGUUCCGCAAUACUACGACAACACAGUCGGAGCUCCGUUUAAUCCAAACCCAAAUCAGGCAUUCCGAGAUGAUUAUCUAGGCUCUAUGUACAAUUAUCCAGACAGUUUUGUCGGGCAACCGUUCUAUCCCAGGCAACCUGCCGUGGAUUCCAGACUUGGUUCGUAUCACAACGAGAAUCCUCUAGUUUCCAACAACCCCCCGCCAGCCAUCAAUUCUCUUCCCCCUAAUCCAUUUGCCAACGAAGAAGUCCUUCAGAAAGAGCUGGACCCGGUCAAUCCGGAUCAAUUCGCAACCGUUUCUGAAGCUGCAAAAGCCGCGAAAAUGGGCGCAGCCCGAUCUUCAGAACCGGCGAAAGUGGAAUUGCUGGAUAAACAACCCGAACCGAAGAAAGCGAUCGGCUUCAAAGCCAGCGAAAUGAUGAGGAAGCUGAGGGAAAAGCAGGACCAGACCAAGCAGAGAUUGGAAGAGCAGAAGAACAGAUUGAGGGAGAACGCUCAAAGAACCGAUAAAGUAGCGAAACCGAGCUUGAAAGACGACAUUCCCAAGAGCAUAGCGAGCAAAGCUCGAUUAGCAGCGGGCAAAAUCAAAGGAACUGGAGAAGAUAUAGUGGGAAGUCAACCUCUGGAAAAUUUCUUCCAACGAAUGCAACCAGACAACACCUUCCUCCAUCGAUCUUUGUCCAACAGGUUGGGCAAUAUGAGGUCCUCAUCUCCAGCUGAAAACGCCCCAAACAGCAUCAAUCCAGACAGUAAUGUCGGAGUGGAAAGAACAUUAGGUUCACCUACUCCUAAUUUAUCGAGUAGAUCUCAUCUCGAAGACGAUUCUAACGCUCUAGGAGGCGAUAUAUCGUACAAGAAUCCUUCGGAAAUAUUCUUCGUAGGCAACGGCGUUAAACUACCCCUGCAAAUGGUGAAAAAAAGCGACGGUGCCGUCCAUUUAGCCGUGGAUAUGGAGAAAUUGUGCACUACCUGCCACAAGAACAGCACCGCCAAAGAGCUCGAACGCACCGUGGAGACCAUCUUGGAAAAAGAAGCAGAAUUGAAGGACCAGUUGCGGGAUAUCUCCAGGAAAGAACGCAACUCCGAAGGCAGCGGAUUCGUACACAUAAAAAAUCAAAUCGCCAACGCAUACAAAGAUGGUAACUCGUUAAAAAGAUCGAUUAAAGACGAUCAAGUAGUGCCGAAUUUUCUCAAAGAAAUCACCAAGAAACUCCCAAAGCACAGCAUCUUCCACGCGAAAACUCUGGAAGAUACCAACGAGAAUUUCAUCCCCAUCUCGCGCAAUUACCAAUUCGAAGGCUUGGAGGAGGAUCUGGCGGAGAAGUUGCAAAACAUCGAGAAAACCGUGGAGAACUAUUCGAAAAUCGACGACAGGAUAUUCGAGAACGAGUCGGAGAUACUGAACAAGUUCAACGAGGAUAAUCCGCUGGUGCAGAAGGAGAUCGAGCUGGUCAGCGAUCUGCUGGGGUUCUUCAAGAAACUGGCCGUCGACGCUACCAUGCAAAAGGACGAGCAGGGAUUCUGA